GGCGUGCGGCGUUGGGUGAUCUGUCAGUGGAAAAAAGCUGACACGCCGAGCAACAAGUCAGACAGCUUCGUACGCUUCUCGCUCUUUCUCACACACAUUUCCCGUCCGAGGUGAAUUAAAGAAGAUGCCGGAAAAGCAGGAAAGCCAGCCGGAGGAGACGCCGCAGCAGGAGGAGGUGGAGAAGAAGCAGGACGACGAGCCCGUCAAGGAGGAGAAGAAGGACGACGACCAGAAGGAGCAGCCCGAGCCACCCCGCGAGAUGCGCGCCGUCGUCCUCACGGCCUUCGGCGGCCUCAAGUCCGUCAAGACCCAGAAGAAACCCGAGCCCAGCCCUGCCGAGGGCGAGAUCCUCGUCAAGGUUUCCCACUGUGGGCUGAACUUCCAAGACCUGAUGGCCCGCCAGGGUGCGAUCGACGCCCCGCCUAAGACGCCCUUCAUCCUCGGCUCUGAGUGCGCCGGCGAGGUGGUCCAGCUGGGCACCGGAGUGGAGAACUUCCAGGUCGGCCAGCGGGUCGUGUGUCUGCCCGAGUUCAGAGCCUGGGCCGAGUUUGUGUGCGUGCCUGCCCGACUGGCUUUCGCCCUGCCUGACGAUGUGAGCAACGAAGAGGCCGCUGCCCUUGCCAUGAACGCACUCGCUGCCUACAUGCUGCUCUUUGAAGUUGCUGGCCUGUCCGAGGGACAGUCGGUGCUCCUCCACUCUGCUGGUGGUGGACUGGGCUUGGUGAUUGCCCAGUUGGCGCGCACCGUGAAGGAUGUGACACUGAUCGGCGUGGCCUCCAAGAGCAAGCACGACGCCAUCAAAGACCACUUUGACCACCUUCUCGAGAGAGGAUGCGACUAUGUCAGUGAAGUGCGCAAAAUCAGCCCAGACGGAGUCGAUCUGGUCCUUGACUGCCUUUGCCUCGAGGACUGCAACCGAGGCUACUCGCUCCUCAAGCCCAUGGGAAAAUACGUUCUUUAUGGAUCGUCAAAUGUUGUUACUGGCGAAACAAAGAGCUUCUUCAGCGUUGCCCGAUCAUGGUGGCAAGUGGACAAGAUUUCUCCGAUCAAGCUGUUCGACGAGAACAAGACCAUUGCUGGCUUCAAUCUGCGCCAUCUGCUCAGAACCCCUGCCGGAUCAGACAGGGCGCACAAGGCCAUGGACAAGGUCAUUCAGCUGUGGAAAAACAAGGCGAUUAAGCCCAUCGUGGAUUCCAGCUGGGCUCUCGAAGAUGUGCCCGAGGCCAUGCAGGUGAUGCACGAUCGCAAGAACAUCGGCAAACUGAUCCUGAACCCUGCCCUGGAGCCAAAGCCACGCCCAGCCACUCCUGCCAAGAAGGGCAGCAAGGAGGAGAAGAGCAAAAAGAAGGACAAGGAGGAGAAGAAGGAAGAGAAGGAAAAGCCCGCAGAGAACGGAGACAAGAAAGAGGAAGAGGAGGAAAAGAAGGAGCCCGAAGCCAAGCAGGAGGACGAGAAAGCUGCUGAGAAAGCUGACAGCUAAUACUGAAGAGGGAAGAAGCAACGCAGAGCUGAAUUCCGACAUGAUUCAUUCCUCUCAUCUCAAGUAUAGUUAUCUGUAAUCUACCCGCAUCUAUUAUUAAUCCAGGCAUACUCUCGCUGUCUCUAUUAACUGUAAGAUGAUUAAGCUGAUUGAUAAUCGCGAUCAUAAGUGCUGCAAAAAAAGCUUCAUUGCCCAAACAUUUCUGUACUGCUGAAACCUGCAUGCCUAACACAACUAAACACUGCACUAUGUGUUGACCAACGAUUUAUAGUUGAGUGAUGAUUAACAACGCAAAAAAAUGCUCAUGAACAAAUGUCCAUUUUUCAAAUUCCCACACAUUCAAGUGGCUUAGAAAAAUCAUCACUUCUUAUUCGAAUUAAAUAAUAGUGCAGUCAUUUUCCAAGGUGCAAUUGCCGAAAACUACUCUUGAGCUUCAACAGGUCAGAAAGGAGCAUGAUCUCUAAAAUCUUGGUCCAUUUUAAUUUUUUUAUGAUAUUAAAUUGUGCAAUUAUAAUUUCAUUAAAACUGGUGAAACAAGCUAA